AUCCACCAUCACCAAACCUUUUCUGUCUACCAGAACCACCUCCACCCCACACUUCAUCAACAAUGGGUCCUAAGCCAGCUUCCACCGCCUCCAAGGCUCCCUCUUCUCAGGCCGGCAAGGCCCCCGCCAAGGCCCCUGAGGCUGCCAAGAAGACUUCCAAGUCGACCUCCAAGAGCGGCGACAAGAAGAAGCGCAACAAGGUCAGGAAGGAGACCUACUCCACCUACAUCUACCGUGUCCUUAAGCAGGUCCACCCCGACACUGGUAUCUCCAACAAGGCCAUGGCCAUCCUUAACUCUUUCGUCCAGGAUGUCUUCGAGCGCCUUGCCUCGGAGGCUUCCAAGCUUGCUGCCUACAACAAGCGCAGCACGAUCUCCUCGCGCGAGAUCCAGACUGCCGCUCGCCUGAUCCUGCCCGGUGAGCUGAGCAAGCAUGCCAUCUCCGAGGGGACCAAGUCCGUGACCAAAUUUUCGUCGAGCCGUUAAGCGACGAAUUCGUCACCUUCAACGUCGACGACGGGGCCGAGAAGCUCGGAUUCCUCGGAAUCGGCUCGCGAAGACACCCCGAUAUACUCUUCUAUGCCCUCUGUCAACACUAGAUAUGGCGUGUACCCUCUCUACGGCCAUGAGCCUUGUACUAUCGUAACAGAUCCGAUUUCUCC